UUAAAGUUGUUAUGAUCGGUGGAAUCCGCUUUACGAAGGAUUAAAGUUGUUAUGAUCGGUGGGUUACGCUUCACGGAGAAUUAAAGUUUUCCUUGGUAUUGACAGAAAAAUAUAUAAUAUAUAUAUAAAUUUAAGAAAACAUGGCCGUCACACGAGACUCAUCUCAAGCAUUGUCAGAAAUACUUAAAGCAUGGGACGCAAAUUUUCGUGCAAUGAAUACAAAACUUCAUGAAUUACAAGACGAUAUGCGUUUAAUAAAGAUAAAGCAAGAACCCGUGACACCUAUAUCACCCACGAUAAUUCAGGGAGAGACAAUACCGACACAAUCAAUUAAAUUAAAAGACGCGAUUGAAUCAGUACCCGUAUUUGACGGACAUCGACCGUCAGUAUUUCAAUUUUUAAGAGCAUGCGAGCGUGCACGAAAAAUGAUUCCUAAACAUCAAGAGCCUCAGUUAGUAAAAUUAUUAACGAAUAAGCUUCGCGGACACGCGUUCCUCGCUGUGGAAGACACCGAGCUGGUAAGUCUAAACGAUUUUGGAAAUAAAUUAAAAGAUAUGUUCGGGCCUGGAAAAACGGUUAACGAAUAUAAGGGCGAAUUAGCGACGGUUCUCCAGCGACCAGGGGAAGAUAUACUGGACUAUAUAGAUCGGGUUAGAAACCUUAGGUUAGCAAUAAUGGAUGGUGAGAGAUACGAGUACGGAACCAUAUUUCAAGAUAGAAUAGAUCGAGACACGAGGGAGGCUUUCGUUAAGGGGCUCCCAAACGAGGUGUAUUUAAGAGUAAAGAUAGCAGGAUACGAAUCCUUGGACGAUGCGUAUCGCCAAGCAGUGAGAGCAACACGAGAAUUAAAACGAGCAAGCAAUAGAAUGCGAUACCAACGCUCGACACCUCCGAUUAAUUAUAACCGAAACAACGCUCGUCCCCAAUACAAUAGUAAUUACAUCGGAAACAACCACCAGCAUCGGAGAUUUGUACCGCCGUCGCGGAAUCGUCUAAACGACCCGGAUAUAGAGGAAGAUGUCUGGAAAAGAGCAAGAGCAAUAACCUGGGAAGAAAAGUGCGUAAGUAAAUACCCUGAUAGAAAUUCAAGUCAAAAGAGGGAUGCUGAUCAUUUGAAACAACCAACUUCUCAAUACAAACACUGUUCCAUUGCUGUGAUAAAGGAUAAUGUCACUUUAAAUAAUAAGAGGACGCACGGCACCACAGACAGGAUCACGAGUGAGAAAUCUUCCGAGUUUCCAAUUAAGAUAAAUAAUAUUAAUACCAAAGAACUUUCAGAAGAGGCAGAAAUUAGGAAAUUGAACGACGAGACGAUAGGCAACGCUUAUCCAUCGCCUAAUAUCACGGAAAUAUUAGAGUCAUUAAAUUGUGAUAAAGAUCAGACUACGAAGAAUAAAAGUAUAGCUAUUCCUAUACCCAAAACAGAAUCUGUAAGCAGAAAAGUUUCUAAUAAAAAUUCAAAGAAUAAUUCUAAAUCUAUUGAAAAUAUUCUUAAACGUCUCAUACAAAUAAAUAAUAAUUUAAAUAUGAUAAGCACUUCCAAUGAAAAUAUUCACUCUGAAAAGGUAGAGGAAAAUCAACAGGUCUAUAAUAAUAAGAAUAAAGUAAAUAAAGAAGGAAAAGGGGUAACCGAGGGAAAGAAUUCUAAACAUUCUCUAGCUGAAAAAACACAAGUGGAACGGGCUCAAAGAAAUCAAGAAGAAGAAAAUAGGGAAUCAUCAGUCGAAGAUUUAUAUAAAAACUCAAAUAAAUACGCUAGCCAUUGGAUUACAAUUGGAUUAAAAAUAUUCUAUUGGUUAUUACAUCUAGUAUUUAACAUAAAUAGCAUAAAUGCUGAUCUUGUAACUCCUCUUGGAAAAUAUAGAUGGUAUUAUACUAUACUACAUUCAAAAUAUUUAUGGGUUAAUAUAGCUAUGACAUUUUCAAAAUUUAGUAUUUUGAAUGCUAUUAGCAAUCGAUUAAAUAAUUGGCUCAGUGAUGGUAAACUUGUGUUUUGGCGCAAAAUAAAAACUAAAAUGAAGAAAAGGAAGAAAAUAGUAAUCGGAUACAUGGUAGUCUUGAAGCCAAUAUCGCAAAGUAUAGCAGCUCCCAAAGGAAACGAAUAUGUAUCGACGAUUCAAGAUUUACACGAAGAAACGCAAUUCUCCCCGCACGAAUUAAACCUUGGGCACUUGACCAGAGAACCCACUGGAAAAGUAAUAAUCAAAGAAGACAUGGAAUCAACAUAUGCAAAAUAUCUCGGAGAUAUGUUUGACAAAAUCAACACUGUGCAACAGACAGCAAGAGAAAACUCGAUAACGUCCAAGAUGAAGCCAGAAGAGUAUUACUACAGACGAAUCAACUCGCAAAAUUCCAAAGUAGGAUAUCUAGUAUAUCCAAUAAAGGAACCUAGUAAAGGAAAAUUUCCUUGUCAAUAUACAGGACCGCAUAAAGUGUUAGAAAAUUUGCAAAAUCAAAACGUCAAGAUCAAAGUGAAUGAGGUCCCGCGAACAGUGCAUUUGAGCAAAUUAAAACUAGCGCAUAAUCGAAAUAACAAUAAACUAAACAAUUUCAAGGCAACACAGUGCAGUAGUGUGUAGUGUAGCAUUGCUUGUCGAAUAGUACAGAUAAUGGAAACCUAAAA